CAGCAGAGUUCGGAAAGACAUGUACAACGACACGCUGAACGGGAGCACAGAGAAGAGAAGUGCAGAGCUGCCGGAUGCCGUGGGGCCCAUCGUCCAGCUGCAGGAGAAACUCUACGUACCUGUGAAAGAGUACCCGGAUUUUAAUUUUGUUGGGAGAAUCCUUGGACCUCGAGGACUUACAGCCAAACAGCUGGAAGCGGAAACGGGGUGUAAGAUCAUGGUUCGAGGCAAAGGCUCCAUGCGGGAUAAGAAGAAGGAGGAGCAAAAUAGAGGCAAGCCCAACUGGGAGCACCUGAAUGAAGAUUUACACGUCCUGAUCACUGUGGAGGACGCUCAGAACAGAGCCGAGAUCAAGCUCAAGAGAGCCGUCGAGGAAGUGAAGAAAUUACUGGUACCCGCAGCAGAAGGAGAAGACAGCCUUAAGAAGAUGCAGCUGAUGGAGCUCGCGAUUCUCAACGGCACUUAUCGAGAUGCCAACAUUAAAUCACCGACAGCCCAGGCUGCUCCAAGGAUUAUCACUGGGCCUGCGCCUGUGCUCCCACCAGCUGCCCUGCGCACCCCGACGCCAGCUGGCCCGACCAUAAUGCCUUUGAUCAGACAAAUACAGACCGCUGUCAUGCCAAACGGAACUCCUCAUCCAACUGCUGCAAUAGUUCCUCCAGGACCCGAAGCUGGUUUAAUUUACACGCCCUAUGAAUACCCCUACACGUUGGCACCAGCUACUUCAAUUCUUGAGUAUCCUAUUGAACCUAGUGGUGUAUUAGGUGCGGUGGCUACUAAAGUUCGAAGGCACGAUAUGCGCGUCCAUCCUUACCAAAGGAUUGUGACCGCAGACCGAGCCGCCACCGGCAACUAA